AUGCUCAGCAAACUAUUUCUCAUUCUCAACUUCCAUCUACUGGCGGUAUACGCGUUACCCAUGGACCAUUCCACAAAUUCCAACGGUUCAUGGCCCGAAAGUGUAAAGCGCGCUACACCCAUCCUUCAAAUCGACUAUCUCACCUAUCCUCGAGAACAUUUGCGAAUAUUCUUUUCUGUCGCACGCUCUAAGAUUACUAAUGUAUUCUUUACUACGACUGGACAGGUUACUCCUGGCAUUGUAAUAAUGGACCUCGUCUCCUGGCGCCGCACCGAAACGCUGCAAGCCACAAUCGCAGGUCAAAUAGCUGCGGUUGUUCCAGUCCAAACCGCUAAUGGUCAUAUUGCCGGAUAUCAAUGCGAUGAAUGGCCCUGGGCGAACUCUCAUGCCGGCGGUGCCAAUGCUGUUACAAGAUGUAUACCUGGUGCUGACAAUGGUGGAUCUGGUUCGGUUUGGGGAAAUUUUAUUAAUGUAGGUUUUCACUCCAUCUACGUCGUCCCUGAUACCAUUUAUUCUGACGAACAACAGAACAAGGGACCGCAGGCACCGGGAUACCGUUUGAACGAUCUUGUGGAUUCUGCAGAAAUUCGUGUCGUAAGGAUUCCAAAUAAUGCGUAUUUUUGCAUGGGGGAGCUUGGAUACCAAAUCACUAACGCAAUGUGUGCUCAGGGCGACCAUGGUCAACCUUAUUUGCAGCGAAUUGGUUGAAGAAACCUGGCAUUUCGCGAGUUUCCCACUGAUCCAUCAGAGGAUAAGGCAAGCCACUAGCAUCGAAGCCCAAUAUUUUUUGAUUGAAAUGGCAAGGGAAUUGUAUUACAGAAAGCAGCUCUUCUUCUAACUGAAAUAGUAUUCGCCUCGUUUCCAGCAGGGGUGUACCAGAUCCUCAUUGUGC